AUCUUUUUCAGUUGGUUCGGUGGCUGUUUUCGCUGGGACUGAAAGAGAGAGAGAGAUGGGGAAGAAGGCGAAGACCUCUCGAAAGGGUAAGAAGGCUUGGAGGGCUAACAUACCCACCGAUGACGUCGAUGAGUUCUUCGAGAAAUCCACCAAAGACGCUCUCAGUGGAGGAUCCUUAACUGCGGUUCCGAGCGAGUCUCUCUUCUACGUCGACAAAACUAGGGAUUUGUCGGUUAAGAAGAAGAUUGAAAAACAUCGGGAGAAGGUCCUCCAUUAUGACAGCUUGCUGCAAAGGAAUCCCUUUGUUCAGCCUAUCCCAUCUUCAACAGCAAAGAAGUCCAAGAAGAAAAGUGAAGACCUUAAAGCAAAAAGAGCUGAAACACAAGAUGAUUCCAAGAACAAACAGGACUCAGCAUCUGGUCUGGUUGACUUAUGGAGUGACAAAGCUGGAGUUGAUGCUGAGGCCAAAAGGAAGUCAAAGCCUUCUCUUAUUCCAGCGGUUGAAGUUGAGCCACCUGGAUGCUCAUACAAUCCCUCAGUUGAAGAUCAUCAGGAUUCAUUGGCUCAAGCAGUUGCAGAAGAAAUGCAAAAAAUAUACAAGAAUGAACUGGGACCUGAGCCAGUUCCAUUAACUGUUCGUGGUGAAGCUGUGGAUGAAGAAAAUAUGUAUUUUCUUGAUGCGGACAAUGGAAAUUAUGAUUUGGAGGAGGAGAAUUUAGGUGAUGAUGGAGAUGCUGCAUCUGAGCAAAGGCCUUCAAAAACAAGGAGAGUGACCCAUGUGGAGCUGAACCGUAGAGCUAGACGGAAGGAACAGCUGAAAACAGAAGCUAAGGCAAAGAAGAUAAAACAGCUUUCGAAGGAGAUUGACAGCUUACCUGAUAUAAUUAAAGAAAUAGCUAAAGAGGAUGAAGAGAAGCAUAAGAGACAUGUCAGGCGUGUUAUAGCUAAACAAGAAAGGCUUAAAUCAGCUCCGCCGCGCUUGGGAAAGCAAAAAUUUGAACCUGCCCCUCAUCAAGUCCUAUUAUCAGAAGACAUCUCUGGAUCCCUUCGUAAGCUGAAGGGUUGUUGCACACUAGUAAGUGAUCGAUUCAAGAGCUUGCAGAAACGAGGGUUAGUUGUCCCCACAACUAAGAGAAAAAGGAAAUAGGUUCCCUUUUCCGUUCACUACUGGUUUGAUGGCAAUGGACAAUGGGCAAGGUUGGGUUAGUUUCUCAGGGAUUUUGUUGAUCAUUUCUUGUCCUAUGCCUCUUUCUGUGGUAUUUUGACUUGCUUUGUUUCUUCAGUUUUGUCUACAAAUCUUCAAAUUCCUUAAUAAUACCACCUAAUGUUAUUAAUACA